GAUCAAUGAAGGGUGUCUACUUGAUGAAUUAGAUUAAUAGAUAAGUGGCAUUUCAUUUAUCCUCAAAAUUCCGAACAUCUGGUGCAUGAUAAUAAGUAUAUUGAAUUAUAUAUAUCAAGGUUACAAAUUGAAGAUUCAUCUCUACAUCAAAGGUGGAUAGUAAUGCAAAUUAACUAUCUGAUAAGGAAUUCAUACUGAGUCCAAAUUCAUACCAAUACAAAUAUUGGAUGGAAACUCCAUUUGAUAUCAACAUGGAAGUAUAUAUUUUCAAUUGGACAAACAGCGAAGAAUUAAGUAAAAAAGGAACUAAACCUAAUUUCGAACAAUUGGGACCCUAUAUGUAUGCGGCAAGAAACAGUCGUGCCAACGUAGUGUUCAAUAGCAACAAAACUGUUAGUUUUAACACUGUCCGAAAAUUUUGGUUUGUGCCAGAGAAAUCUAAAGGUUCCUUAGAUGAUAGGAUUACGAUAAUGAAUCCAAUAGUAAUGUCAAUGGCCAAUGUCGCAAAAAAAGAACACCAUCUAAUACAAAGAGGAAUACAUUACUUCAUGAAGGAGUUCAACACGACUUUAGCUGAAACCAAAACAGCCAACGAACUUUUAUUCGAGGGGAUAGAUGAUGUUCUGAUGGAAUUAGCUGAGAAGUUGAAAAUGAAGACUUUCACAAUUCCUUAUGAUAGAUUUGGCUUUUUCUAUCCGCGUAAUGGUUCAGCCUCUUAUGAUGGUAACUAUACAAUGUGGACAGGCGAAGAUGAUAUUCAGAAAACUGGCAUUGUGAGCGAAUGGAAUUUUAAAAAUUACUCAGACUCUUAUUCUGGAGAUUGUGGCAGAAUAGACGGAAGUACUGGAGAAGUAUGGUAUCCUGUUAAGAAUUCAAAAACGAUUUCGAUAUUUGUUCCGGAUAUGUGCAGCGUAUUGACGUUAGAACAUCAAGGAUCUCGAACAUCAAAUGGUAUUGAAGGCAAUGUAUACGUAGCAACAGAUAAAUUGUUUGACAAUGGAGUUAAAUAUCCAGAAACUGCAUGUUUCAGUCCCAACGAAGUCCUUCCUAGUGGCGUUAGAGACAUUUCUAAGUGCAAAUACCAAGCACCAGCCUAUAUUUCUCUCCCACAUUUCUAUUUGGCAGAUGAGUCUUAUAGAAAUGACAUAAGUGGCAUGAAACCAGAUCCCGAAAAUCACAAGAUUGAACUUAUUAUAGAGCCAACUCAUGGAAUGCCAGUGGAAGCAUACAUUGCAUUUCAGGCAAACUUCAGAAUCACCCAAGUGAAGGGAAUAAGUAUGUUCGAGAACUUGAAAGAUAUGAUGGUGCCAUUGCUUUGGGUCAAAGUUGCAGUAAGGGUUCCGGACAACUAUGCCUUUUUGAUCAAGUUAUCACUUUCAGCUGGAGCUAUUGGACAAUGGAUAGGUUAUGUUUUUAUUUUCUUGUCUAUUGUGUUAUUUUUACUAGGCGUGUAUUUAGAAUUGAGGAUGAGACAGAUCUCAAUGAAAUUCACCCUGUAGUUGUGAAAUAUGUGAUAUAUAUGUGAUACUUUGAUAUUGACUCCCUUCAUAUCAUGAUAAUGUAAUCAAUUAGAUGCUAUUCAUUUUUGAAUAUACAAUAAAUGAAA